UCAAGUUGCAUCAGUUGGGUCAUCUCUUCUUUAACCAGCUUCAAAAACUGAGUUAAAGACAAUACUGUUCAGGGAAGCAUUACAUGAUCGUAGUGGUUUGGGUGUUGGGCUAGAAUUUUGGAGACUUGGGUUCGAAUCCUCGCCUGGCCAUGGAAACCCACUCAAGCCACACUCAGCUUCAGAGAACAGCAAAGCAAGGACAAACCUCUGAACAAACCUUGGCCAAGGGUGAAUCUCCAGUGCGGUGAGACAUCACUAUAACUGCAUGGGAUUUGAAGUUUGUUGGGUCACCAGCCCUUUUUUGGGGAGAGGUUGCCCAUGUAAAAACUACAGAUUCCCAAGAUUGCACAGGACGGGGCCACAGCACUUAAAAGUGGCAUCAGACAGCUUUAUUCCUACAGUGUAGACGCACCCCAAGAAAACCUUGUUGUUUGUGACCAUAAGUUGGGAAAGACUUGGAAGCCACCCAACCACAACACUCAAAGAGUGCUUUCCACAGGUGCCGAGACUCAGUGCAGACAUAAUCCAGUCUGAUACCGCUUUAGGGAAUUCUGGGAGGUGUACUUUUAUGAGACAUUGCGCCUUCCCUGCCAGAAAGCUCUGGGGCCACAACAAACUCCAGUUAUGAGAAGUCCCUACCACUGAGUCACGGCAGUUAAAGUGGUUUCAAAGUGGAUCAUUUCUGCAGUGUGGAUUGGAUCCAUGAAGCUAAGUAGGGCUUCUCCUGUGUCUCCUUUCAUCAAGCAACUGCACCCAGGGGAAGGAAGGCUCCAGCCUUCCCAAUUGAAGCCCCAAAUAAUUAAAUCAAUGGCACCUGCAGGGAUAGUUUGGGUUUGCCACCCUCCAUUGCCUAACUGCAUUGAGAAUGCAGGGCUUGUAUUGCCCUGUUCUCCUUCAGGAGGGAAGGGGUUAAAUCCCAGGCUUGCGCAUCAUGCGCAAUUCAAGCCCUGAACAGGUGAUGCUUCAGCAGCACGUGCAGCAAGCAAUCAAAGGGCCCCAGGCGAGGACCAGUUUGCAUCUUUGCAAAGAAACCAGGAAGGCUUGGGAUUGUUGUAGAAUUGUUAUUAUUAUUAAAUUGUUUGGACUCUUCUUCUGUCUGCAGAACCUAAGAAGCAGGUGAGAGAGGAAGGUGAGUCUUGCUAUAUAUAUAUAUUUAAAUGUAUAUAUUUUAUUUUGAGUUCAUUGCCAUUUAUCCCUGCUUAGACCCAAGGCCAGUUUGCAGCAUCCAGAGCAUCCAAACACAAGGCAACAGUAGUUAGAUGCCUCGGAGGAUGGCCGAUGACGAACCCCAAAGCCCUUGGCCUUUUAUACCGGUGGAGAUGCUGGCCCACGUUUUCUCUUUCUUGUCUGUCAAAGACCGGGUCCUGGCCUCGCGCGUCUGCAAGAACUGGGCUGCCACCGUUUCCACCUCUUACGUCUGGCGUUACACGGAAAUCAGGGAAAGAGAGGGUCAGGAAAGAAGAUUUCUGGGGCAAAGAUAUGGGACUUGUGUAGUCCGAGCAACACAGAACUAUGCAGGAUUCGCCCCCUUCGCUGGCUAUGGAUGGCUAUACCAGUAAUGUACCAGCGUUUCUCACCAAGCUCUGGACACUGGUAGAAGAUCCUGACACCAACCAUCUCAUCUGCUGGAGUAUUAACGGCACCAGCUUCCAUGUUUUUGAUCAGGGUCGGUUUGCAAAGGAAGUACUGCCCAAGUAUUUCAAGCACAACAAUAUGGCCAGUUUUGUCCGGCAACUGAAUAUGUAUGGCUUUAGAAAAGUGAUGAAUAUUGAGCAAGGUGGGCUGGUCAAACCUGAACACGAUGACACUGAGUUCCAGCAUCUUUAUUUCUUACAAGGCCAUGAGCACCUCUUGGAACACAUCAAAAGGAAGGUGUCGGUUGUAAAAAGUGAAGAAACCAAGAUGCGCCAGGAAGACCUUAGCCGGCUGUUGUAUGAAAUCCAAGUGCUCAGGAGUCAGCAAGAAACAAUGGAAUGUCAGGUGCAGGACAUGAAACAGCAGAAUGAAGUUUUGUGGAGGGAAGUUGUGUGCCUCAGGCAGAACCAUUCGCAGCACCAGAAAGUGAUCAACAAGCUGAUUCAGUUUCUCUUUGGCCAGCUCCAACCGAACCCGGGCAACCCUGGAAUAAAGAGAAAACUACCUCUUAUGCUGGAUGAUGGGAACUCCGCUCCACCAAUGACAAAGUUCCAGAAGCAUUUGUCUCUGGAUCCUCUUCAUGAAUCCUAUUUCAUCCAGUCUCCAUCCACAGAACCGGCCUCAUGCUUGAACAAUAGCCCUGCUAUCUCCGGAGGGCCGAUCAUUUCCGAUGUUACUGAAGCAUCACAGCCAAAUGCUGUAGUAAUGCAGCCUCAUUCGGAGAAGGAAAGGGACACAUGCCUCCUGCUGGUCAAGGAAGAACCCAUUAUCCCCGAAGGGAAGGCCGCUUCUGCAGAGCCUGGUCUCCCCUUGGCUAGUGGCAAUGCCUGUCCAGACCCUCCUGUCCUGCCGGUCACCCUGGUUCAGUCUGUCUUGGAUGGCAGAGGAGGCUGCUGCGAAGAGCCACAGCCCACAGGUUUGCAGCCACAUGGAGGAAGAGGCAGAAGGGAACCUCUGGACAGAGCAGAAAUGUCUAAUCCUUUGGAAAGUGCCGAUUUGAAUCUGGAAGGCCUUCAGAUCCUGCUGAGAAACCAAUCAUACAACUUGGAAACUGGCAACACUUUGGAUGUCUUCAGCCCCGCUAUACCUGCAAGCGAAUGGAAUCUGAAUGAUGUGGAGGCCAACUUGUCCUCGUUUGUGUUUCUGCAUCAAGACGCAGAAGCUCACUGCCGAUCUGGAGAGGAAUGCAAAUAAGAUGUGCUUCUGAAUGUUGGAUCCUCAUUUUGAUGCCUCUUGCCCAGGAGGAGAUGUCAUGCGCCAACCACACAAGCCCUUUGUGCAGGAACGCUAUGAAUGUAUCUGAUGAAGUUCAACUCAUUGCAACUACAGCUUCGUUCUUGUCGAAAAACCAAAGCCCCACACAUCCCAUUCAACUGGACCUCUCUAUCUGCAAACAGUGUUUGAUCUUUUGCUUCGCUUGAUGUGAUGUGUGCCUUUUCUUUCCUCCUGUGGGAACAUUUUACCUCUCUGAACAUAAAGAAGUGGAGUCGGUUGCUCAGAACAGAUGCACAGAUGUUACUAUUGCUAUAUCUCUGUUGAGGGUUGUCGGAAGUAACCCUCAUCCUGAUAUUGUUUUUCUGCAUCUCUUGUCGCAUUACAAAAAUCCUUGCUGCUUCCGUCUUUCCUUUCCAAAAGCACAGGCCUUUUUCACAUGUCACAACUGUAGCAGUUUGCUACCACUUUUAAGUGCCGUGGCUGCAUGUCGUGGGAUCCUAGGAUUUGUAGUUUGAUGAGGCACCAGAGAGAAUCUGGCAGACAAUACUAAAUGUAGUAUUUUUGUGGGUUUUCAGGGCUAUGUGGCCAUGUUCUAGAAGACUUUAUUCCUGACG